CCCCAACUCAUCGUAUUAUGUCGUAUCUCAUUCAUUACUUAUCAUCCUCAUUAUUGUAACUAAAAUCCAUCGAGACAAUACCAUUGGCAUUCCCCCGGUGGCGUUGCUCGGGAUGCGUCAAAGGACGGCUUUUCCUCUCCUGAUUCAACCCAAUCAACGCUUCUCCUCGCCGGCAGAAGGUGUUACAUGUGGAACAAUACGCCCCCCUGGAUCUGCUGCCUCUUGCUCGCCUUACAACGGGCUGGUGAUUACGCUCUCUUCUGUUGCUGCUGCUCCUGCUGCUGCUGUAUCAUCAUCACCACCACCACCAUCAUCAUCAUCAUUAUCAUCAUCAUUGCCGCCCGUCACCUGUUUCCAGCUGUCCCAAUGCUAGUCUAUCGGCAACGAAUCUCCUACUAAAUUAAACACAGACCC